AUGAAAGAAAAAGGUGAUAACUCAAAGAUUCGCCCUGAUGCAAGUGCUGGUUAUCAAGCAUGUUUAAAUGCAGAAAAAGAGGAGGAACGACUAGUCGAAGAGGGAAAUAUAGGAGCUGGUGCUGGGUGUGCUGUUGGAAAAAUGUUUGGAAUAGAGCGCGCAAUGAAAUCAGGUCUAGGUACAGCGUCGAUUACUCUACGUGAUGAAAAGACAAAUUCAUCAAUAACAGUUGGUGUAAUCGUAGCUGUAAAAGGCGGUUCAAAUACCACGUCAAGUUUUUACCGGAUAUAUUCUGAAAUUGUCCAAGUAAAGUUAAAAGUUAUUACGUCAGAGCAAAAGAAAUGGGGGACGGUGAGCGGUGGAAAAGUAUCAAGAGUUUUGCUGACGGUCAGCCGUAAAAUUGUCGCGCAUUAUGAAGAAAGCGAACUGCCUGGAGCCCGAACUCCUGAUGGUCUUUCUCUAAUGAACACUGUCAAGCAACUAGUAGAAAAUAAAUUAUCGCUUUCAGAUAUAUUCGACAUUCGUCAAGACGAAGGUAUAUCAACAACAAUUGGAUGUGUUGCGACUGACGUUAAACUGACCAAAGUUCAAGCAACAAAAAUAGCACAGAUGGCACAUGAUGGUUUAGCCAGAACAAUAAAUCCUGUACAUACACCGGCUGACGGUGAUGCGAUGUUUACUAUAAGUACUGGAAAAUCGACAAUGAAAGCUGAUUUAAUGUUAGUUGGUACAUUAGCCGCAACGGUCGUAGAGCGUGCCGUUAUACGAGCGGUGAUGAAAGCAACAAGUAUCCCUAAUUUACCAAGUGCAAGGGAGUUUUUGAGUAAGACGUGA